CUCUGCGAUCCUGAGCACCGCUCAAGCCCGGAGGACCGCGGGGGCAGGCGGACCCGCUUCCCGAAGCCCCCGGGCCCGCAGCCGUCAUCUCGUGUCCUCUUGGCUGUCAAGGAGAUAUUAAAGCGUCUAAAAUGUCGUCUGUGAAGCCCCUAGUUUAUGCAGUUAUUCGUUUCUUGCGGGAACAAAGUCAGAUGGAUGCAUAUACUUCUGAUGAACAAGAAAGUUUGGAAGUUGCAAUCCAGUGUUUGGAGACGGUUUUUAAGAUCAGUCCAGAGGAUACACAUCUGGCAGCUUCACAGCCUCUGACAGAAAUGUUCACAAACUCCGUCUAUAAGAAUGACAUACGGCCACUUUCAAACUCGGUGCCUGAAGACGUGGGAAAGGCUGAUCAACUGAAGGAUGAAGGCAAUAACCAUAUGAAAGAAGAAAAUUAUGCUGCCGCAGUGGACUGCUACACGCAGGCAAUAGAACUGGAUCCCAACAAUGCGGUUUAUUAUUGCAACAGGGCUGCUGCUCAAAGCAAAUUAAGUCACUACACAGAUGCAAUCAAGGACUGUGAGAAAGCCAUUGCAAUUGAUUCAAAAUACAGCAAGGCCUACGGAAGGAUGGGGCUAGCCCUCACUGCCAUGAAUAAGUUUGAAGAGGCAGUUACAAGCUACCAGAAAGCACUGGAUCUCGAUCCUGAAAAUGAUUCCUAUAAGUCAAAUCUGAAAAUAGCAGAACAGAAGUUAAGAGAGGUCUCCAGUCCUACAGGAACUGGGUUGAGCUUUGACAUGGCUAGCUUGAUAAAUAACCCGGCGUUCAUCACCAUGGCUGCGAGUUUAAUGCAGAACCCUCAAGUUCAGCAGCUAAUGUCAGGGAUGAUGACAAAUGCCAUCGGAGGACCUGCUGCUGGAGUUGGAGGCCUAACAGACCUGUCUAGCCUUAUCCAAGCGGGGCAGCAGUUUGCACAGCAGAUACAGCAACAGAAUCCUGAACUCAUAGAGCAGCUGAGAAAUCACAUCCGGAGCAGGUCCUUCAGCAGCAGCACGGAAGAACACUCCUGACUUGACCAGGACCCUCGCCCCCAGUACAAACAUUCUGACAUGUACACUUGUAGAUAAUAGCCAAAAACAAAGUAACAAGAACCACCCUAUACAAUGUCUGAAAAUAACGGAGAAAGUCUCUUGUGUAAACCUGAGAAAAUACAUCUGUUUAGAUAAUAGUUUAUCACAAGCAGACUUGAACAUAAUCCAGACUCCUUUGGAAAGCAAUGAUCAGUCGCCUUGUUAAGGACGAAUACAGCCUUGGGACAGGGUCCAUCCAUUUUAAAACUUUUAUCAUCAUAUUUGUAUAUUAAACUUAGUACAGAGUAUAUUUAUUGAAUAGGAGGGCUAUUUAUUGGAAAGUUCUUUAGCUGCAGGUUUCCCUAGGCAGUGGUUUUAAGAGGGGCAAUGGUAGUUUAGAAAUGUGCUUGGCAGCACGUCAGAAGAGAAGCGUUGGUGUGUGCUACCAUCAGUGACGCGUGUGUGUCAAAAGUGACGCAGACUUUGAAGAUACUGUGAAUGUACAGAAAGCAAAGGUAGUAUGCUCAGGUUUUCUGCAUAGGUUUUUAAUGAAUCUUGUCUGUAGCUUUGUGUUGAUAGCAUUCGCAUGGCCAGUUAAGUACAUAAUGAAACAUACUUAGAAAUCCUUAAUGAUGCUGGUCAGGUCAGUGACACAACUGCCCAUUUAAUGACCACAGCUUAACUGUCACAGUUUCAUUGCUGGUAAACUUACCUAGGGCAGUAUCUAGUUACAUUUAAAUAAGCCACUGACAUGUCCCCAGAUUAUGGGUUUCCUAAGUGGAAUUUAAUUAUGUGCCCAUCAACGACGACGACGAUGAUUAUUUUUACCAUUAUUUGAUGGCUAACAGAAGCAUCUAUCUCUAACAGUGCUCACUUAUGUG